GCGCCGGUCAAUUCUACCACGAAAUUCCGCAUUCCUAGGUACCUUCGUUUACGGGGGGGAUUGUUAAGAUUCGUCUAGUCGGAGAGACGACGCUUGCAAUUCACCCCGUAAAUGCUAGGAGUAUAAACUUGGGAAUGUUUUUUGUUACUUUUUACAAAAAAUAUUUGUUUCACAGGUUUAUAUUACUAGGUUUGAGCGCGCUUGGAUUUUGACAGUUGAAAGAAAUUCAAAUGUGAUUCAAAUAUAAUCAUUUCUUAGGAGAAAUGCUCAUUUCUCAUCACAAAAUACAGAACUUUUUCAUUGAUUGUACCCUUAGAUUGUACCUACUUUUUUAAAGGGCCAGUUUAAACCUUUUUUUUUGUUUUAUGUGUAUUUUUAUUUCACAUUUUAGGCAUUUUCUGUGUAACCUCAAAUGCUCAAAUCAAGUUAUUUUUGUAACAGCGUAGAAAAAAACGAUUUAAUAGCAAUAAAAUUAAAUAAUCAUGGAGAAAAUUACGAAUUUACUGUCUUUAGACACACUAAACGCUUUAUCGAAAGCUAAUCUCAAUUCAUAUCCACAAAUUUUGGACACCAGCACUAAAGAAAUCCAUAACCGCACGCGUAUUUCACUCGAAGACAUUAAAAAAAUCAAAAAGGUAGCAGCCGAUGAGGUUCUCAAAAAUAAAAUUUGUACCGUUGACCAGUUACCGCCUUGGGAUCGGUUAAGAACAGGCUGUAAAAAUAUCGACUCUGUUUUAAGGAACGGACUUCCAAUUAACGGUAUUGUGGAAUUAUAUGGCCCCAGCGGUGUGGGCAAAACCCAAUUUUGUUUACAGGUUGCCUUACAAACUAAGCUAAGUUGUGAUAAAGGAGCUGUGUAUAUUUGUACAGAAGAUGUUUUUCCAGCUAAAAGAUUAAGUCAACUCUCAGUCCUCUGGAGAGAAAAACAUAAUUUAAACAUAGACUUCGAAAGUAAUGUUUAUAUCCAACAUAUACCCGAUAGUAUCCACUUAAAUAAGUGUCUAAAAGUAUCCCUGCCCCGUCUCAUGGAAACUAAGAACAUCGGCAUAAUAGUAAUAGAUUCUAUAGCAGGUUUGUUCAGAAGUGAAAAUGAAAAUCCUAAUUAUAUAACCAGAAGUCAAGACUUCAGGGAGAUAUCAAGAAAUUUACUGCAGCUUCAGAAGAAAUACAAUUGUGCUCUCUUAGUAACCAACCAAGUUAUAGAUAACUUAAUUACGGGUAUUUCAGAGCCAUGCCUAGGCUUGGCAUGGGCGAAUAAUGUGGUAACACGACUUUCAAUACAAAGAACCUGUAAUAAUGUCAGAUCAUUUCAAGUAAUAUUCUCUCCAGAUUUACCUCCUUUAACUACCAAUUUUAUCAUUGAAUCAGAUGGUUUAAAUAGUGUAUAAAUCAAUAAUAAAUCAAAUUAAACAACACAUACUUUAAUAUCACUAAUACAUCAUAUAUUGUAAUUAAAUAUUUCUACCACAUGGCUCUUUGUACGCCGGAAAGCUUAUUGUAAUCGGCUAGAUGUCUGAAAACUAUACGACUGAGUCUCCAACGGAACACUACACCUCUUGGUCUCGAAGUGAUCACGCACCUACUAUGGAUUUGAAGCGGGGAUGAAUUGUUUGGCAU